AUGGAUCAAGCGCCCCCUGGGAUCACUCAAAAGCCACCCCGCACGUUGCGGGCAUGUGACAGAUGUCGACGCCAGAAACUGAAGUGCGACAGCUCUCGGCCUUGUGUACUUUGCACCCGUGCUGGCCAUGAAUGUGAGACGUCUCAGCGCACAGCGAGGGGGACACGUAGGCGAAAUCCACAGGCUAAAGACAUUUCCAAGCCUCUUGGGAUACACAAAGCCAUUGCGCCAGCAGUACAGAGGCAUUUCAACUUUUGUCAUGAUAUUGGGGGGGCCGAACUAUCCGAUGCGACGGAGAAUCCGUCGUUCUACCCAGAACGGCCUCCAAACGAGCUGCAAUUUGGUGCAGAUGUUUCCGCGAUUGAUUUCGCUAGACGAGUCUUCAACGAGGAAGAGGCUGGUCGGACUUUGACAGGUGCUUCCGUUCCUGGCGAUACAGGGGAUCCCAUGUUGGACAACUCAUUAUGGCAUUUGAUGGAGGUAGAGCUUCCUCCUGAGGCCGUGAUGUCAGCCUUGAUCGACGCCUACUUCGACCGAAUGCAAUGGUUUAUCAUCAUAUUCCACGAACCUACAUUUCGCCAGACUGCGCGCAGGAUAAUCUCUCAGAAGUCAUGGAGACGCCAGGAUCUCAGUCCUACCAUGGCUGUCCUGGCAGUAGCUAUGAUCGGGUUGCAUUCUGCGUUACCAGAUGAAGAAUGGCCCGGACAUGAACUGCUGCGGGAACACGCUAUCGACGGGAAGAAAUUAAAGCAAGGCUUGAUUAACGAGGUUAGGAGGAAUCUGCUCGAUAUCUCCAUCGAUUGUCGGAUCGAGGCUGUCCAGGUCUGCUUCUUGAUGGCCUCUUAUUAUCUUUAUCAUAACUCACCAAGCCUUGCCUGGACUAUUUCUGGUAUGGCUGUGAGGUCAGCCUAUGCUCUUGAUCUUUAUACGAAAUCGGCUCAAUAUGCAAGUCCGGUUGUCAAUGAGAUUCGCUCUCGCUGUUGGAAUCAUGCUAUUGUUAGCGAUACGUUUGGAUCUGGUAUCUAUGGACGCCCUCCCUCGAUUGACACUGGUCUCGUGGCGUUGCAUGCACUCAGAGAUAUGGAUGAUAUAACAAUUGAUCCCCUUCUUCUGGAAAAUGAAUGGAUAUCGGGCGACGGAAAUCCAACAACAACAGCCGGAUUCUUUGCUAUGAAAUAUGAUAUUUACGACAUCAUUCGACAUAUUCUCUCCCGAUUUCGACGUCUACGCCUGAGGAAAGAAACAAUAGAAGAGGAUCUUCUGGCUAUUGUAGAGGCCGCUCAAGAUUCAGAGGAAAAAUUGAUAUCAUGGCGCAGAAGAGUUCCUCGGCUCUUUGAUUUCGAGUUUUGGAGCAGUGAUGAUCGUCUAGAGAGAUUUCAACAGCAGCUCGAAGGAUUGCCUCAACGUACAAAAGACCAAGCAGAAACGAUCAUCUUACAGGCGGCGUCUCUCCAGUUGACAUAUGAUGGAGCUUUGAUACAAGCCCAUAGGCCUUUGCUCGAACAAAAGAUUACCAGUUCCUGCUCGCGCUCAGUCGUCCACGCAAUCCAUCAGUCAUUGAAAGUGGCUACUGCAGCCGCACUACGGAUAUCUCGCAUUCCAGUCCUCCGCUUCAAGCAUCAUUUCGCGGAAUCAUUUGCUUCCCUACAUCAAUUUACUGCGGGCGUCAUUCUUUGCAUUCCACCAACGAGUCAGCCUUUCACUGCAGUCGCGCAUGAAUCUAAGGCUGGAAUCAUGCGGAUCAUUCACGCCAGUGUAGCUUUGGGACCUCACAAUCGUAUCGCAACGCAAACAGCGCAGCUUUUGACAGAGUUACUGAAAGUGACUAUCGAGCGAGAAAUGUCUAGUGCCUUGAGAGGGGGACUAGAGCCAGGAUGUCCUAGGAUGUCUGAGAAUAGUACCGUUCCGAGUCCACAACCAGCCCAGAAAGACCCUGGCUCAGCAUACUCAUCGUCCUCCCGAGAGAUCUUUCACGAUAGCUCUGGAGGAACAACGUAUCAGCAGCUGCCAACCAUAUCCGAGUCAAUAUAUCAGCAGAAUAGUGUAAGCGGCCACUCAGCCCAAGCACGCAUUGAAUCAUCUGGAUACCCCUCUGCCAAUAUAUUUGAGCAACUCGACGACACGUUUGGUGCCUUUGGUGAGCUCAUGUUCAAUCUGUUACCUGAUGAUCAGAAUAGUGCAUGGAAUUGGGGGCGUACAGUUUCCUGA